AUGGCAACUCCCACCCCGGGUCAAAUCGCCCUACGGGGGCCGCUCACCCCGGAGCAAUUCACCAUGCUGCGAUGGGAGAGGGAGAUUGAGGAGCGGAACAAGCCACUCUCAGAUGAGGAGCUGGAUGCCAUGUUUCCCUUAGACGGAUAUAAGGUGCUCGAACCCCCUGCCUCGUACGUCCCCAUCCGCACCCCUGCGAGGAAGCUCCUCGCGACGCCGACCCCGAUGGGAGGAGCAGGGGGGGGUGCGACGCCGCUGUAUGCGAUUCCGGAGGAGGAUCGGCAGCAGCUGUUUGACGUGGGGAAGGAGGUGCCGGGGCUGCCGAACCUGAAGCCGGAGGACUACCAGUACUUUGGCGCGCUGCUGAACGAGGAGGAGGAGGAGAAGAUGAGCGCGCAGGAGAAGACCGAGAGGAAGAUCAUGAAGCUGCUGCUCAAGGUGGGUGGGGGAGAAGAGGGAAGUGGGUUGGGGUUGGAAUGGGAAAGAGGGAGGAAGAUGGGUUGGUGUGGGUGGGAUGGUAAGGAGGAGGUGAAGAACGGCACGCCUCCCCAGCGCAAGACGGCGCUGAGGCAGCUGACAGACAAGGCGCGGGAGUUUGGUGCGUCCGCCCUCUUCAACCAGAUCCUGCCGCUGCUCAUGUCGCCCACCCUGGAGGACCAGGAGAGGCAUCUGCUCGUCAAGGUCAUCGAUCGCAUUCUGUACAAGCUGGACGAGUUGGUGCGCCCCUUCGUGCACAAGAUCCUGGUGGUCAUCGAGCCGCUGCUCAUUGACGAGGACUACUAUGCACGUGUGGAAGGCAGAGAGAUUAUCUCCAACCUCAGCAAGGCAGCAGGCCUUGCAACGAUGAUUGCAGCCAUGCGGCCCGACAUAGACAACGUGGACGAGUACGUGCGCAACACCACCGCGCGCGCCUUCUCCGUGGUGGCCUCCGCGCUCGGCAUCCCCGCUCUGCUGCCCUUCCUGAGGGCCGUGUGCGCCAGCAAGAAGUCGUGGCAGGCGCGGCACACGGGCAUCAAGAUCGUGCAGCAGAUUGCGAUUCUCAUGGGGUGCGCCGUGCUGCCGCACCUGCGCUCCCUGGUUGAUAUCAUUGAGCAUGGGCUGGGAGACGACAACCAGAAGGUGAGAGUGGGGGUGGGGUUGUGCAUGUGUGUUGACUCGAUCAUUGAACUGUCUCUUGCUUGUUCGCAUCGCACCAUCACGUCCCUCUCCCUCGCAGCUAUAGGAGAGGCAUCGGCGCCCUACAGCAUCGAGAGCUUUUACUUCGUGCGCACUAUCACAGCGCUCUCUCUGGCAGCGCUGGCAGAGGCGUCAGCACUGUACAGCAUUGAGAGCUUUGACUCUGUGCGCACCAUCACGGCGUUAUCCCUGGCAGCGCUGGCAGAGGCGUCAGCCCCCUACGGCAUUGAGAGCUUUGACUCCGUGCUCAAGCCGCUGUGGAAGGGUAUUCGUGCGCACCGCGGGAAGGUUCUUGCGGCCUUCCUGAAGGCGAUCGGGUUCAUCAUCCCCCUGAUGGACGCCAUGUAUGCCAGCUACUACACCCGCGAGGGGGCUCAUGGGGGCAUAUGUGUGGGGUUCAUCAUCCCCCUGAUGGACGCCAUGUACGCCAGCUACUACACUCGUGAGGUGCGUGGGCGAUGGGGGGAGAUGGGAGGGAAGGACUGGGAUACAUCGGUCCUUAUGGGUGGGUAUGGUGGGGUACGUCUCUUCAUCAUUCCCCUGAUGGACGCCAUGUAUGCGAGCUACUGCACACACGAGGUGAUGGUGGUGCUGAUCCGCGAGUUCCAGUCACCAGACAAGGAGAUGAAGAAGAUCGUGCUCAAGGUGAUGGUGGUGCUGAUUCGCGAGUUCCAGUCGCCGGACGAGGAGAUGAAGAAGAUAGUGCUGAAGGUGGUGAAGCAGUGUGUGGGCACGGACGGCGUGGAGCCGGACUACAUCCGCACGGAGAUCCUCCCCGAGUACUUCAAGCACUUCUGGGUGCGCCGCAUGGCGCUCGAUCGACGGAACUACAAGCAGCUCGUUGAGACCACAGUGGAGAUUGCUAAUAAGGUUAGUGGAUUGACCAGUUGGGUCCUUGUUUGGGGUGCAACAGCCCAGCAGGAGAUCCUCCCCGAGUACUUCAAGCACUUCUGGGUGCGCCGCAUGGCGCUGGAUAGGAGAAACUACAAGCAGCUGGUUGAGACGAUGGUGAAGAUUGCCAAUAAGGCGGGGGUGAGCGACAUCAUAGGGCGUGUGGUGGAGGACCUCAAGGACGAGAGUGGUCCGUCUUUGGCCUUCACUACCAUAUCCCUCACCUCACCAUAUCCCUCCCUCGAUCACAUCUCCCUCUCCACCCACUCCCACCCACUCCCACCCACAACCCCCCAUCCUCAGGCGGGGGUGAGCGACAUCAUAGGGCGCGUGGUGGAGGACCUCAAGGACGAGAGUGAGCCGUACCGGCGCAUGGUGAUGGAGACGGUUGAGAAGGUGCUCACCAACCUGGGGGCCGCUGACAUCGACGCGCGGCUUGAAGAGUUGUUGAUCGACGGCAUCCUUUACGCAUUCCAGGAACAGACGGUGGAGAAGGUGCUCACCAACCUGGGCGCCGCUGACAUUGACGCACGGCUGGAGGAGCUUCUGAUCGAUGGGAUUCUUUACGCCUUCCAGGAGCGGACAAGCGACGACGCGAAUGUAAUGCUCAACGGCUUUGGCACGGUGGUGAAUGCGCUCGGGCAGAGAGUGCGUCCCUACCUCCCCCAGGUCCUUUGCUCGUCUCUGUUUCUCCCCUCCAUUUUCGUCGCCUCUUUUUCCCUUCCGUUUUCCCUGUCUGUGUUUCAGAUCUGUGGAACGGUGAAGUGGCGGCUGAACAACAAGAGUGCCAAGGUGCGGCAGCAGGCAGCGGAUCUGAUAGCGCGCAUUGCCGUGGUCAUGAAGGCGUGCGGGGAGGAGCAGCUUAUGGGGCACCUGGGCGUCGUGCUUUACGAGUACCUGGGAGAAGCAAGAGUGCGGCAGCAGGCGGCGGACCUGAUAGCGCGCAUUGCCGUGGUGAUGAAGGCGUGCGGGGAGGAGCAGCUCAUGGGGCACCUGGGCGUCGUGCUCUACGACUGUGCUGAUGAGGGCAUGUGGGAGGAGCAGCUGAUGGGGCACCUGGCUGGGCAUCGUUGCGGUGUCAUGCGUUCAGUGGAGCAGCUCACGGGGCACCUUGGUGUGGUGUUCGCGAGUACCUGUAGCUCACGGGGCACCUGGGCUGGCUCACGUGAUUGGCAUGAUCAAAAUGACUCCCCCUCCCAAUUGUUGCUGAUAUCCACACACCACACCUAUGUGACACACUCUCUCGCCCUCUCCCUCCCUCCAGAGUACCCCGAGGUGCUGGGGUCCAUCCUGGGCGCGCUCAAGGUCAUAGUGAAUGUGAUUGGCAUGACCAAGAGGUUCCCUUCCACCCCUUGCUGCUCAUACCCACACAUUAAUGCCCACCCCACCUGUGUCACUCUCUCUCCCAACUGUGCCAUGCCCCUUCCCCUCCCUCCAGAGUACCCCGAGGAUGUUCCUCCCCUUGCUACUCCUUCCCACACGCACAUCACAACACACCAAUGCGCCAUGCACUUGUGCCACCCUCUCUCUCUUCCCUUAAUCCCUCCAGAGUACCCCGAGGUGCUGGGGUCUAUCCUGGGAGCGCUCAAGGCGAUAGUGAACGUGAUCGGCAUGACCAAGAUGACUCCUCCCAUCAAGGACCUGCUGCCCCGCCUCACGCCCAUCCUCAAGAACAGGCACGAGAAGGUGCAGAAGAAGUGCAUUGCAGACAGACAAUCUGAACCCUCCUCUCUUCAAUCCGUCUCUCUCCCUGUAUGUGUGUUGCCAACACCACUCACACCACCCCCAUACGACUUUCCCACCACCCCGCACUACCAUUCGCAGGUGCAGGAGAAUUGCAUCGACCUGGUGGGGCGCAUUGCGGACAGGGGAGCGGAGUUCGUGCCGGCGAGGGAGUGGAUGCGCAUCUGCUUUGAACUGCUCGACAUGCUCAAGGUGGAGGGGGCUAUGCCGGUGUGGGAAAGUGCGAGCAUGGGUGCAGUACCAGGUAAACAGACGUCUCAAAACAUCGCCAAGGCCAUCGGCCCACAGGAUGUGCUGGCAACGCUGCUGAACAACCACAGGGUGCAGGAGCGGCAGAACAAGGAGCGGCAACCUAUCUUCUUCUCUCACCCUGCUGGCCCUUCCCUCUCCCCCAGGCACACAAGAAGGGAGUCAGACGCACACAAGAAGGGAAUUCGGCGUGCCACGGUGAACACCUUUGGGUACAUCGCCAAGGCCAUCGGGCCCCAGGACGUGCUGGCGACGCUGCUGAACAACCUCAAGGUGCAGGAGCGGCAGAACCGCGUGUGCACCACCGUGGCCAUUGCCAUUGUGGCUGAGACCUGCUCGCCCUUCACUGUGCUGCCUGCCCUGAUGAACGAGAUUGAGGUGAGUGAUGGUGGUGCUGAACAACCUCAAGGUGCAGGAGCGGCAGAACCGCGUGUGCACCACCGUGCUCUUGUUGCUGAGACCUGCUCUUCCUUCACCGUGCUGCCUGCUCUCAUGAGCGAGUACCGAGUGCCGGAGCUGAAUGUGCAGAACGGGGUGCUCAAGUCGCUGUCGUUCCUGUUUGAGUACAUCGGCGAGAUGGGGCGAGACUACAUCUAUGCCGUCACUCCGCUGCUGGAGGAUGCGCUCAUGGAUCGAGACCUGGUGCACCGACAGACGGCAGCAUCGGCAGUGAUGCACAUGACGCUGGGAGUGGCAGGGCUUGGUUGUGAAGAUGCUCUGACAUCGCCUCACCUGAUUCAAGCAGUCAUGGGAACCAUUGACGGCAUGAGGGUGGCUCUGGGCCCUGCGCUCGUGCUUGGCUAUGUCCUGCAGGGUCUAUACCAUCCAGCUCGUAAGGUGCGUGAGGUGUAUUGGCGUAUCUACAACAACCUGUACAUUGGUGCACAAGAUGCCCUUACGGCUGCAUACCCACGCCUGCCUGACGAGCCGAACAAUACCUACACUCGAGCGGAGCUUGACAUGUUCAUCUGA